GCAGUGGAUGUCGGUGAGACGUGUGUGCGAUGUGGAGCCCCGCAGCGGGCCCUCCUGCCUCCUGGCUCCUGUUCCAGCUCCGGUCCUCCCGCCUCAAACCUGCGCAGUCCUCCGACAGCAGCGCCACUGGCUGCAGGGAUAUCCCGAUGAGAGGGAAGGCUGCUCGGGGUAAGUGGGACAUCUCGGACCGCUGAACUCCGCUCCGUGUCGGUGUCGCGUGUAUCCGCAGCCUCUGCUGGUGCCGCUGUGAGGCGCAGAGCGGCAAACGGGGACAGUUGUGGUUUUGCCUGUUUGGUGACAGCGACUGGCCAGAGGCCCGGUGACCCACAUUCUUAUCUAAUGCUGGAUGUUAGCUCAGCUAGCUAGCUCCGGCUGAAGUGGGUUGACACACAUUCGGUGCGCUGUGCAGGCGAGUUCAACACUCGCUGUGUUGUAUAUUGUAAAGUCGUGGUUCGGCUGGGAAAUGCCGCCUGACUGAUCUCCCCACGGACAGGGGAGCGUUUACAGUGCGUGUCUCGUGUCGCAGUGAGUGUCUUCAACUAGAAAAGCUGUUGUUUUGUUUCGGUAAUUGACGGUGGCGUGUAAGCUAGGUGGCGUUAGCCUCAUAGCAAUCAGUGCCCGGCUUGCCGGCCGGCGUCGGCGGCAGCGGGCAGACGACUGCUCGGUGGCGGGCUGGACCCCGGCUGUACCCGGGCUGUUCACUGCGAGGCUGGCAGUGCUCCCGCUGACUUCACACACCUGACAGCCGGACGCGUCUCACCGGCUCAGGGUUCCCCACGUCUGCAGGGUGAAGGAUUCAAAUAACUUGCCUGAUAUUUAUCAUGAGGUGAAGCGUAUAGCGAAUCAACCAUCACUCACAGACAGACUCAGAUGUUGCUGCCAUGUGCCACACUCCCGCCCGGAGCAGACGAAAAACCCAGCCCAAAAACCGUUUGGCCACUUUCUCUCCUCUGAUCCAAGACACGUUCAGUGCCUCUCCUUGAAGACUCUCAGAGCUUCACCACUACAGUGUGUCCACUCAUUCCCCACCUUCAUCCAGCAGCAACUUUCUCAUCCUCUCCCAGGACUGGCUGUACUGGCAGUAAGGUUCAUUCACAAAUGUCUACCUCACGAUUAAAAGAGCCCUCUCCAACACAUCAACCCUGAACAGGACACAAAAUGACCUCCAGCAUUGACAGGGAUGAUAGCAGUAUUUUUGAUGGGUUAAUGGAAGAAGAUGAAAAGGACAAAGCAAAACGUGUGUCCCGUAACAAGUCUGAGAAGAAACGUAGAGACCAGUUCAAUGUCCUCAUCAAGGAGCUGGGUACAAUGUUGCCGGGUAACACCCGGAAGAUGGACAAGUCCACUAUUUUGCAGAAGAGCAUUGACUUUCUGCACAAACACAAGGAAAUCGCUGCUCAGUCAGAGUCAACUGAGAUCAGACAAGACUGGAAGCCUCCUUUUCUUAGUAAUGAGGAGUUCACUCAGCUGAUGUUGGAGGGAUUGGAUGGAUUUUUCCUUGCAAUUAUGACUGAUGGGAAUAUAAUCUAUGUCUCUGAGAGUGUGACGUCUCUACUAGAACAUUUACCUUCUGAUCUUGUUGAUCAAAACCUGUUGAACUUCCUGCCCAUGGGGGAGCAUUCAGAUGUGUACAAGGCCCUGUCCUCUCACAUCAUGGAGGGAGAGACGCCGACACCUGAAUAUCUGAAGACAAAAAAUCAGCUAGACUUCUGUUGCCACAUGCUCCGAGGGACUAUCGACCCUAAAGAGCCCCCUGUGUAUGAAUACGUCAAGUUCAUUGGAAACUUCAAGUCCCUGAAUAAUGUGCCUAACUGUACCCGAAAUGGUUUUGAAGGAGUGAUCCAGCGAUCACUUCACUCUGCCUUUGAAGACAGAGUGUGUCUCAUUGCAACUGUGAGACUCGCCAAGCCACAGUUUAUCAAGGAGAUGUGCACUGUAGAUGAGCCUAAUGAGGAAUUCACCUCCAGACAUAGUUUAGAGUGGAAAUUUCUCUUCUUGGAUCACAGAGCUUCACCCAUCAUAGGUUACCUCCCGUUUGAGGUCCUGGGUACAUCAGGGUAUGACUACUACCAUGUAGAUGACCUGGAGACACUGGCCAAAUGCCAUGAACACUUAAUGCAAUACGGCAAAGGAAAGUCCUGCUACUACAGAUUCCUCACAAAAGGGCAGCAGUGGAUUUGGCUUCAGACUCACUCCUACAUCACCUACCACCAGUGGAACUCCAGACCAGAGUUUAUUGUCUGCACACACACUGUUGUAAGUUAUGCUGAAGUAAGAGCAGAACAGCGUAGAGAACUUGGAAUUGAAGAAUCUCCACCUGACUUUACAGCAGAUAAGCAGUCCCAGGUUUCAGGCUCCGAGUCCCAGCUCAACACCAGUCUGAAGGAGGUUUUGGAACGGUUCGACCACAGCCGGUCCCCCUCACCUUCAUCUCCCAGCUCACGCAAAUCAUCACACACCGCUGUGUCUGAGCCAGUCUCAUCUCAGAUGAAGCUGCAGGGGGAUAGAAGUACAACAGGUCGCCAAUCUGUUUCUGUCAUGGAGAUGACGUCACCACGGAGAUCGUCUAUCAGCAGUCAGCAUUCGAUGAGCUCCCAAAAUACCGGACAGAACGUGACUCCGUCCAUGGUUCCUCAACAGCAGCUGCAGCAGCAACAGCAGCAACCACAGCAGCAACAACAGCAGCAGCAUCUACAACAGCCACUGCAGCCUCAACAGCAACAAGUUCAGAACAAUGUACAAUCGAUGGUGCAGUUCUCCAGCCAGUUAGAAACCAUGCAUCACCUAAAAGAGCAGUUGGAGCAGAGGACCAGGAUGAUUGAGUCCAACAUCCAGCGGCAGCAGGAUGAGUUGCGGGAGAUUCAGGUGGAGCUGCAGAGAGUGCAGGGACAUAACCUGCAGAUGUUCUUGCAGAAAGGAGCUGGAGGACUGAGUCUUGGCUCUGUUCAGAUGGCCCAGGGGAACACUUUGCAGCAGGGGGGGAUGCUCAGCAUGCAGGGCCAAGUGGUCUCUGCUGGGCCUUUACAGAACAACAUUAAGCAACAGCAUGCCGUCCAGCCCCAGUCCCAGCAACAAACACUCCUGCAGGAACAGAGCUUAGCACUCUCUCAGUCUCAGCGGUCGUCUCUCACCCUGCAGCCUCAACAGAAUCCACUGCCUAUGUCUCUCUACAACACAAUGAUGCUCCCUCAACAAAGUCCUGCUAAUGUGGUCCAGAUUGCCACCAGCCUGGCACAGAACACCGGACCCAACACUCCCACUGUGGCAACAUUUGCACAGGACCGUGCUGCUCAGAUAAGGUUUCCUGCUGCUCCCCAGCUGCUCACCAAGCUGGUGACAGGACAGAUGGCAUGUGGGGCAGUCAUGGUCCCUACAACCAUGUUUAUGGGCCAAGUGGUGACAGCCUUCGCCCCUCAGCAGGGCCAGACGCAGACCAUCAGCAUCUCCCAGCAGCCUCCACCACAGCAGCAGCAACUACCGCAGCAGCAGGAACAGCUGCAGUCACAGGUCACAGCCAUGCAGCCCGUGCAGGCUCCACUGGCCCAGCAGCAAACACAGUUCCUACAGGCCUCUCGACUUCUUCAUGGAAACCAGUCCACCCAGUUGAUCCUGCAGGCUGCGUUCCCUCUGCAGCAGCAGGGUACCUUUGCUGCCGCAACCCAGCAGCAGCAGCAACAGUUACAGCAGCAACAACAAUUACAACAUCAACAACAGCAACAGCAGAAGCAGUUACAACAGCAGAAACAGCAACUGGCUCGUCACAGAGCAGAUAGUUUGUCUGAGCGAUCCACUACCCAGCCACAGUAGCUGGCUGCAGCCAAUCAGAAGUGGAUUGGGCCAAACCGAGGUGGGGGUGUCUUUGUGAUGGCAGUCUCAAGACGGGUUGUGCUGAAAGUGCAGCCCUGAGACCAGGCCUCAUUUGUAAGUGACUGGGUGGGCAGGCUGAGGCUUCCCUCCCUCACAAGGAGUUUUCGCUGUUUGCACUGAUCUCCUGAGCACAAAGUGCUGCCAAGAAGAGAACUCCGGACCGUGCUAGCUGCGGCUCUGGCAGUUUGCUUUGUCUCUGGUUUGAAGCCUUUUCUCCAUGAAAACGGGGAGCCAUGUUUCCCGUUAAUGGACUCCCCGUCCCCUCCCCCAGCCCUCUUAUUGUGUGUUUAUUGCGCGUGUGUAUGUGAGUGUGUGUUUGCAGGAGCUUGUGUGUGCGUGCACUCUAGUCACCCUCACAGGAUUAUUUUAUGCAGAGCUCACCAGUUAAUGCAGUGAAGCUUCAAUCAGAGCUUCAAGGACGUCCUUCUAAACGGCCCAUGGCUAGUUUGUUUUGGAUGUUUUCUCCUAUUCUUGUUCUUCGUGUAAAAAUAAUUAUGGGUCAGAAAAUAUUUUUAAGAAUGUGUUGUAGAUUGAACUUUUACUGUACAGAACAUUAUGUGUAAUAUAUACUGUAAAUAUAUUGAAAAAGAAAGAACUAAUAUUUUAUAUGAUGCAUGAAAUGAAAUGCAUAGUCUGUUAUUUGCAGCUUUGAAUAUGCUUCUUUUCUAGUCUUCUCAGAAAAAAAGAUCUUAAAAUGCUCUGUGGCUGAUAUUUUCACAGGCUUCCUUUAUCCUAGGGGACGAUUGUUUGUGAGUCUGCAUAGCAGACAGUGUCGAUGCUGCUUGUUGUGUCACAGUUUGUUUAAUCCUUGACCCAUAUUUUCACGCAUUUUCACAAAAUGAUAUACGUUUCAAAAUUCAGCUUUAAACACAUUGUGAUUGAAUCAAAUGCUACCAAGGCUACUAAACAUUCAACAGUAGGAUUGCCAACCUAAUCCAAAAUUCCUGUUUGGUGUCUGAAGACACUUAAUAUUUAAUCUAUAAACAUUUAUCCCUUAAAAUAAACUACAGGAUAUGCAGUCAGUCCUGUUAACGCUUUCCUAAUAUGCUCAAACUAAGAGUUAUAUGAUUUGUGCCCGCGUAGGGUUAAUCAAAUGAUUUCCCAUCAGCACGCUGAUCAUCUAUCCAUUCUUUUUUAGCAAUUUACCUGUGGCAGCUGUGAGAUGGCCCCAAAUUCCCUAACUAGCUCAAAUACUGUCAAUCUGUUGUGUUUGGAUGCCAAUGUAGGUUUGCAACACUUGAAAACAGACACUGUAGUCGGCCAUUGUUGAUGUUAUGCUUAAAGUCUUCCCAGCAAAUGUUGCUGGGAAAUGAGAGAUGUAGACAGAGAAGUAAUAAUGUGGUUCUAGGCUGAUUCCAGCCAAUGUAAAAGCUAACUGGUUCUUAAAAGGUUUGCAAGUUGAACCAGCUCCGAACCAACCCAGCAUCAGCACUCCGUUCGAUUUGCAGGAAAGUCUUUUUGGAGAAACAGGAGCUGGACACAGUAGUCCAGUCCGAGCUCCAUGCAAGUUUAUAAAGAGAGAGAGGCAGAUCCCCCUGUAGGGUUCUCAUAACGUUUUGAGUUGGUAGAGCUAAUGUAUUAGUCAGCAGUUGCCACUUAAAACAUCCAGUAAACACAAAGCAACGUUAGUUCUAUUUCUGAUGAUUGUAAGUCAACCAUUCAGUCCCUUUUAGUCUUUGGUCUCCCCCGAGCCCUGAGGGAAAUAUUGGACUGCGUAGCUGCUAAAUGCUCCACUCUGUUCACCAGCUAGUCACUAAGUCGGAGCAACAGUCUUCUGGGGCGGCCUAAAGCGGCACAUUUAGAACAGGGAGCUUAACUUUGAGCUUGAAUGGUUUGUUUUUCAUGUCAUGAAAAAGAUACUUCAUUAUAGACAAUUUUAUCUCUUAUUGGCUCAUUCGAUGACAACUUGACCUAGGUACACAGUGCUAGUACACACACACACACACACACACACACACACACACAGAGACAAGCCUCCUUCCAUUCUGAUCUAAUUCACCACCAGAUGGUAUCAAGCUGACAGCUCAGCCCAUUCUUCAUCUGUGUGUAAAGUAACAGGCUGAGCUCAACACGGCCACAAGUCUGGUGACAAACAUCCAAUGUACAUUUUUUUUGCUCUGACCCGAGGUAUCUUGUGAUACCACGUGUACUUUGUCUGUUCACCGCUGCGUGUUUGGCUGUUGUGUUCUCGUGUGGGAAAUUCCUGUUUGACAUAGAAGUUCCCAAUAAUUCAUCCACUGUUUGGUUUGAGCCUGGCUUUGAGUAGAUGUGGAAAAAUGCCAAGACUAACCCUCAUUUGUGGCUAACUGCUUGGGGAUACAGCCUUGGACCCAAGCGUUGGACGGCACACAGACACACACACACACACACACAUACCUAAUAGGUUAACAUUAAUGUUACAUGUUACAGCAAAUGCUUAACUGCCAUAGGCUCUGAGGCCCAGCUAUGUUUGAACAUUUGAACAUGCAGAAUGUUGAUUUUGACAAGACCUAUUACCCACAAUUCACACUUUGGCAUUUUGAAUCCUUUGUUCAGCCCCAAAGUUAACAUAGUCCGUCCUAAAUGUUGAGUGAUUGGGGUGGUCCCUUCAUCUCUCCUGCAGUGUAUUUAAACUGAUGGAUUCUCAUUUCAGAAAAUGUUUGGCUUGGAUCACGUCAGUAGCUGUCACGUUGGCUAAAGUGGUCCCUUCUUAUUUUCCUGGUUAUUUUUAUAAUACAUAUAGAGUGUGUGGUUUUGUCUCCUGUUGGCUUUCACAAACAACACCAGCGCUGUGUCAUGAGUAUGAACACUAGUAUAUUCAGUCAUAAAGUCAUUGAUUUUCAAAUUGCAUGUAAGACAUCUAAGGGACUGUAUGAAAAAGUAAUCGACAGUGGGGCCUGAACCUGAUGUUUUAUAGAAGUGACUCUUAAGGAGUGGAAUGACCUGUGGGUGAAGUGAUGAAGAACAAAUGCAACAGUUUGCAGAUUUCCAGCUGCUCUGUUUUGAACCAAGAGCCUCCAAAAGACCAGUUAGCAGCAGUGUCAGUGAACAGCGACACACGUCAUAUUUUAACUUCGCUCACAAGUAGCAUCACAUUAGUUAAUAACAUUAUAACUGCUGAGAAGAUAUUCAGUCCCCACUGAGAACAACAGUGCAUGUCACUGUUGUUUCAUACAGUCCCUAACGCCAGCUGUCUCCACUGUCUCCACAGACCUUGUGGUCUGCACCAUCUUCACAGAGCUGCUCAAUCCUUCGCUCAUCAUCGGUUGGGCUGCAGCUCAUUUCAGUUUCUAAAUAAACCACAUUAGUUCCCUGCAACACAAUUUCACAAAGCUGCACAGGGGACCCGGAUCCUCUGGAGUGAGAUUCACGAGGUGCAAUAAACCUGCGAGAAUGUCAUGAAAUGUCAUUAACAUGAGUGUGUUGCAUGAGGAGGUGUGUGGCUGCGAGAGCCUUUGCACAAUGUAUGAUAGGACUGUUAAUAAGAGAAGUAAAUUAUUUAGCCUUUAAAUGUGCAAACCUAAAAUGAAACCUGCGUAUAAAGUUCAGAAUCAAGAGUUUAACGAGAGAGAAGGAUCUAAGCCAACUGUGACAUACAUAUAAAGACUGUUUGAACCUUCUCCCCAGAAAGAGCUGCUUACAUGUGGUUAUACGAGGACGAGCCCGACCGAUGUGGGCUUAUGGAGACUGCCACAGAUAUUCAGUCAAAUAAUCUGAUCUUGAUAUAUUGGCUGAAAUACAUAUAUUUAUUUAUUUUGAUUUAAGACCUAUGGUAUAUGAAAUCCUAAUGACAAAGAAAUGUUAUUGAGGCUUGAUAUUUUACAGUUAAACUAUAAACUAAUUAAUCAUAAAAAACAACGUGACAAUUAUUUAUAUCAGCCAACACCUGAAAAUGCCAAUAUGUCUAUGAAAGACUCAUUUCUGCAGACCAAAACAUCGGUCGGGCACUAAGACGAAGACUGUUAAGUUUAAAGGUAUUUUCUCUUUUCAUCAUCAUGUUCAGUCUUGUUCUGGAAUACAGGUGCAAACUGCCACAUUUUAAAAGACAAAGCGAUGCUUUAUUAAAGUUACCAGUCAGUGGUUCCCAGUCAUAGAAACAUGAGGGGAAAUGUUUUGUUAUCCAAAGAGCGGGGGCACGGCAGAGGAUGAGCCCUACACGAGAUGAUAUAGUGAAUUCUGUUCAAUGUUUUGUAGUUCUGAUGUUCACACUAGAAGCUCUUGUGUCUCAGUGUUUUGUCUCUGCUUUCAUGUUAUAUUUGUGUAGCAUUUUGGUUUGGCUCAGGAAAUGUACUGCUGCAGUCCACUCAGCAACAACAAUCUCCUGACGUUUUCUAAAAGGUUAAUGCGCUCUGAAUCCUGCAGGUUUGUGUGACAGUAGCUGUUUGGCCUGCGACAUCACUGACUAGUUUGUGGCCAAAAGGGAAACAGGAUUCAUGGUUUCUGCUCAGAUGACCCAGCGAGGAGCCAAUGGUUUUAUUAACUUUGAUCAGUAAAUAACUACUACAUGCAGUCUUCAACUACCAUGGGCAAAUGUUACAUGACAGGAAUAUGAGUUUAUCUGGUCAAAAAUCAUUUUAUUAACCUAAUAGUAUCAGUGCCAGAAUUGCUGCAUUAAACCACUUUAUUGAUACAUAAGCUAAAAUAUGAAUUUAGAUUAUUUAAUAUUUGAAUUUGUAUGUAUUGAUCAGUGGUUACCAACAUUCUGAUUACAUCAUUACCACAUUGACAAUCAUAAAUUUAGGAUAUAAAUACAUAAUUUUUACCCUAAAACUGAAGUUAAUGUCUGGUUUUAUUUAACUAACUGUCCUAAAAGUGAAUUUAUUGUGACGUGAAGAAAAUCUCUGGGAUUAUAAUUGUAUAAUAAUUGUUAUAAUUAAUUAAUAAUUAUAUCAGCAGCUAUAAUUUUAUUUUCGAGCAAUCAUUCAUAAUUACAGCUCAAAUCUAUACAACUUUAAUAAAGCUGUAUGUUACUUUAAUUCCUCAAUCUUAUUAUAAAGUGGUUUCAACACUUUGUUAUAGGUCUCUAUACAGUUUAUAAACAUUUCAGUUUAUGCUGUACCUCUAUUAUAAUGGAUUAAAGCAUUCAUAAGUGUUUAUUAAUAUCCUUUUGAACAACAAUGCCUACGGCGACACCAGUGACUGAUUCAUGUUUUAGUUGAACAGGAGUUGUAAUAAUAUAAAAUAUAUAUUUUUGAGAGAAGUAAUCAUUGCUGACAAAGCUCAUUAAUUAACGUAAAUUAUGUAAAAUUUCCUUCUGGCACAAUUGACUUACAGCAUGUGUUAUACUUUUGUUUGCAUAUUAUUUACAAAGUGCUUCAUAAAAAUCCAUGGCAAAAAAUGAACUAAGAAAAGAGGUAUUCAAUUCACUUCAAUUUUGAAUGCUAAAAUUAUAAAAUAAGACCAAGACCUUGGAAUUUAGAGAAAAAUAAAUAUAUAGACCCUUUCUUUUUACAGUGCUUAUAAAAAAAAAGAAGUUUUACAGUUGUGAACAUUGUAACUGAGAUUCUGCCCAAAAACUAUUUUUUCCAGAUCAACUACUGCCACCUUCUGUUCGGUUUGCGGUUAAGCAUCUUUAGACAUCAGUCAUCAUUCCCUCCUCAACAUCAAAUAACCUGACAGUGUAUUUGUAACCCUCCAGAUUUUGGUCUGCAUGUGUCCUGCUCUGCAUUUAUUUCUUGAGCCAAACUGUUCAGAAUUUCAACACAAACUUCUGAAGCAAAUGUAUCAACCGUUUGCUCCCCUUCAAUCUGAAAUAAAUCCCUAUGAAAUGUC